ACUACAAGUACUUCCACAUUCCAACAAUCAUCGCGCCUCCGUGCAUGCACCGUUGCCGAUCGUCGUCCUCCUCCCCACUCCCCAGAGGCCAAGCCAAAGGUCCAGCAAUGGCGAGGUCUCCCCGGCUUCUCGCGCUGCUGCUGGCUGUCGUCUGGAUAUGCGGCGCGGCCCUAGUAGCGCGUGCCGACCCGAUGCUCGAGAGGUUCGAGCAGUGGAUGGGCAGGCACGGCCGGCUGUACGCUGACGCCGGAGAGAAGCAGAGGCGGCUCGAGGUGUACCGGAGGAACGUCGAGCUGGUCGAGACCUUCAACUCCAUGGGCAACGGGUACAGGCUGGCCGACAACAAGUUCGCCGACCUGACGAACGAGGAGUUCAGGGCCAAGAUGCUGGGCUUCGGACGGCCUCGCAGCGGAGGCGGAGCCGGGCACUCCACAGCGCCGAGCACCGUGGCUUGUAUUGGAAGUGGACUGAUGGGUCGUCAGGGUUAUUCUGAUCUACCGAAAAGCGUGGACUGGCGAGAGAAGGGAGCUGUCGCGCCGGUGAAGAGCCAGGGGGACUGUGGCUCUUGCUGGGCGUUCUCCGCCGUUGCGGCCAUCGAGGGCAUCAACCAGAUCAAGAACGGGAAGCUGGUGUCCCUGUCGGAGCAGGAGCUGGUGGACUGCGACACCAAGGCCAUCGGCUGCGCCGGCGGGUACAUGAGCUGGGCCUUCGAGUUCGUCAUGAAGAACCGCGGCCUCACCACCGAACGGAACUACCCGUAUCAAGGGCUGAACGGCGCCUGCCAGACGCCGAAGCUGAAGGAGAGCGCGGUGAGCAUCUCCGGGUACAUGAACGUGACGCCCAGCAGCGAGCCGGACCUCCUGCGGGCCGCCGCGGCGCAGCCGGUGUCCGUGGCCGUGGACGCCGGCAGCUUCGUGUGGCAGCUCUACGGCGGCGGCGUCUUCACGGGACCCUGCACCGCCGAGCUGAACCACGGCGUCACGGUGGUCGGGUACGGCGAGACCCAAGGGGACACGGACGGCGACGGUAGCGGCGUGCCCGGGAAGAAGUACUGGAUCGUCAAGAACUCGUGGGGGCCCGAGUGGGGCGACGCCGGCUACAUCCUCAUGCAACGCGAAGCCAGCGUCGCGUCUGGCCUCUGCGGCAUCGCUAUGCUCCCGAGCUACCCGGUCAUGUGAUCCGGCGGCUGCCGCCGUCGAGACCUACAGCUGCAGCUCUAAGAACAAUCAGUCAUUAUGUUGGCCAUCUUUUGAACAAAGGGCGUUCCUCUUUCCCG